AUGAAUAAAAGGCAGUUCAACAAAUUUGAGAACCAUCGCUCCAUCAACAAACCAUACACACAACCAAACUAUAAAUCACAAUUAUCAUCUGAGAACUAUAAAACAUUACUAACAGGACACUUACUCCCUGAUGUCUCACUCUUCGAUCGAGGUUCAGACGCUACAUACACUUGCAGACUAGACCUACUCACCAAUGUAAGACAACUCCACACGCCUGAACGCUUCAGCACAAUUAGCGGAGAUGCAAAAUCAUCACUCGUCAGGACAAUGCACCUCAACCUAGGAUAUCAGAACGGUACUAUCAGCUGGAUCGAAAAAGAAGCGUACUAUAGUCCACAUCACACUUCAACAAUCCUAUCGAAAAAGCUACUCGAAGAAUACAAUUUAUACCUAUUUUGCAAGCCACCAUAUCGGGCAACUUUCCACAACAGUCAUAACGGGAAACUCGUGUACGACGUGCCAUUCAUAAACGGAAAAUUACUUUUUAAACUCAGUGUAAACCCAAUUUACAACGUCCUAAAGUAUAUUUUCUCAGUUUAG